AAAUAACGGAUCCACAUUUAAUUUAGUAAAAAAACAAUAUGUAGCUGUUAAUAUUUGUGGGAAUCAGAUUUAACAUGAAGUGACGCUACUGUUGAAACCUUAAAAGCAGAGUAAUGUUUUUAUGGAUGUUAGCAGACAGCCAUUUUAGGCUCUUUUUGACAGCUCGGAUUGCUUAUUUCAGUCCUCCUAUCUGGCAACCCUGAACUUGCCUCCUCCGUCUCUACUAGCGUGUCAUGCUAGCUGUUGUAGUGUAUCACAGCUUGUACAAAGACAUUAAAAAAACUUUUUGUUACAUGCACCGUGGUGAUGCAGAGAGAUGUGGGUUAAAGCUGACGUGGUGAUUUUAAGGCACCAUGAAUGAGGAAUCUUCCUGUGAAUGCCCUAGCCAAGCUCUCCCCUGCCAGUGUGGAACCACGUCUGAUUGGUUAUCUGAGUCCAACCAUGGAAAGCACAGCCCUGCCAGUAAUGUCACAAAUGGUGAUGGACACCCACCCAAAGAUGACAACAAAAGUCCCCACAGGAAUGGAAGUUACUGUGGUCCAAGUCCUUUGCAUGGAGAUCAGAGCGUAACUAAGACUAAAUGUGAGAUAGUUUCAUUACGGUUAAAAACUGAGGAUAAGGACUGUCGAGCAGUUUCCAGUGUCGUACAAAUGUAUCUAUUGUCGCAGGAGGUUUACCUUUCAAAACCCUCUGAUUGUUCACCUGCGAACCCACACUAAAGAGAAGCCUUUCUUCUGCCCUGUGCCCUCUUUUCUAUAAAGAGUCAUGUAAAGUCGCAUAUGAAAAUACACACUAAAAAGAGGGCUGUUAUGACGAAUGUGCAAGAAGAAGAAGAUGCAGUUGGUGGUUUGAUCAACUCAGAUGGAGAAGGGUUAGAAUGGGAUUCUGGCAGCUCUAAGGUCAUUCCUAAUGUGCACCAAACUAGAAGCAUGGAUCGGUCUUGCUGUUGCCAUGUGUGUGCUAAGAAAUUCUCGAACAGCAGAGCUCUACGACGACACCAGAGGACCCACACCGGAACCAAACCUCAUAAAUGCCCCCAGUGUGGGUCAGCGUUCAAUUUCCUUAACAGACUCAAGAGACACUUUUUAAUCCACACCAAAGAGAAACCUUUCUCCUGUCAAGUGUGUGACAAGAGAUUCUCUUGCAAGGACAGGCUGCAGGAACACCUCAGCCUACAUGGGUGGUCAGCUGGAGCCAAGGAAACUGCCGAGGCUGCCAGUACUCCCAUCUGCUCAGAUGCAUCAAAUUUGGAGGGAAAUUCUGCUGGUAAGGCUCAUGAUGUUACAUUACCUGGUGACACACACACGGCUACACCCGCCAAACCUGAACAUAACCAGUCUCUGAAAACAACACCCAGGAAACGUCAGAAGAAAACUGAGGCUGGGGAGCUCUUCAGCUGCACAGAAUGCAGCAAGGAUUUCCAGAGUGUAUACGCCAGAGACCGCCAUCUGAGAGAGAAACAUGGCAAACACCCACUUCACAAGUGCUGCGACUGCGGACAGACAUUUAAAGUAAACCGAAGCUUGAUAGUCCACCGGCGGAUCUACCAUCCACCACCUGCAGCAGCUGUGGAACCUGAAGAAGAGCGAAGGGCUCCAAAGACUUACUUUUGUUCAACAUGUGGAAAGCAGUUCCCGACUAGUGCCUCUCUGAAAAGGCACCUUAUUAUUCACUCAGGGAAGAAACCGUACAAGUGCACUUCAUGUGGAAGAGGUUUCACACAGAUUGGAAACCUCAAAACACACCAGAAGGUUCAUAAAGGGAAAUUUACCAACAUCACAGCAUUAGAGAAGAGGUUCUCUCAACCCGAAGAGGCUCAGUCAUCAGUGGAAAUCUGCUUCUGUCAUUUGUGUUGGAUACAAUUUUCAGAAAAACAACUAUUGGAAGAACACUUGAAACAAGUCCAUGAAUCAAAGAAACCAUUUUCCUGCACACAGUGUGGCAAAAGAUUCAUGUACAUCCAGAAAUUAAAAGAACAUGAAGCUGGGCAUGAGGGUCUGAAGCCCUACCAGUGCUUGCAGUGUGAUAAAGGUUUCCAGACCUCAAAGGGACUCGAGAACCACAUGCGAGAUCACACAGGAGAGAAACCUUUCCCGUGCGUUAUAUGUGGAAAAAGGUUCAAGCAGGAAUCUACUCUGAGAGCGCACUAUCUGACGCAUUCUGGACAGAGGGCUCACCUCUGCUCCAUCUGUGGUAAACGUUAUGCAAGAGCUGAAGAGCUUAAAGUUCACCUCAGAGUUCAUACAGGAGAGAAGCCAUACCAGUGUGAAGAGUGUGGGAAGAGUUUCUACUACAGGCAAGGCUUCAACAACCAUAAGAAGACUCACAAUGCCAAACCCAUAGGGCCCACCAGGCAGCUGGGCAGACCCAGACAGCUGGGGAGUACCAGGAAGUCAAGCAGGCCCAAGAGAGCUCUGCCUGAUUCAGAUGAAGAGGACCUGACCUGGGAACCUCCUGACCUUGGAAAUAGGCCCCAGCAACACCUUGGCAACCUAGAAAAUCAUGCUGCAUGGAAUCAUGGCCAGAAGUCUCCAUGGAACUUUGGUCAACAUACAGCAUUCAACCUGUGGGACCAAAACCCAAAUUCAUCUAACUGGAGAGCAGCAGAGGGUCAUCAGGCUUAUGGUGCUCCAGCAGGAGCAAGCAUUAAUGUCAGUGCCCUGCUCAGGAGCACAACAGAUCAGGAGCACUUUAAAGAGAGCUGUCCAGCAGAACAGUCCUCUGGAUCACCACCUUCUGAGCUCGGGCCUACCACACGCCUCCCACAUAACUCCACAUCAAAGAAAACGCACCUGAGCAAGGCGGGUGCAGAGGUAAAUCACAAUGAAGAACACAGACCUGAGACACAGGACCAGGAUCACAGAACAGCACCUGCAGAAGGUACUUUAAGACGGCCAGAACCUGAACACAGCAGCUCCCAUGAACAGCCUCAGGAAAAGCCAUCUGAGGAGCCAAAACAAUACAAGGAGCCUCGCAGACUCAAGAAGAACUACGACUGUCCGACCUGUGGAAGAGUGUUCUCUCACAACACCGCUCUGCAGCGACACCUCGUGAUUCACUCAGGGAAAAGACCUUUCCAGUGCUUCAUAUGUGGAAGAGGAUUCACCCAGAGUGGAAACCUCAAAACACACAUGAAGGUUCACAGAGGUCAGAGGCAACAAGAAGCAUCUUUGUCUUUAAUUAGAUGUCUCUGGUCAUGUGUUUUUCUCGUGCUUCCACUACAGUCUUCUUAUGGAGAGUUACCAAAUUGGACAUUAGUUCAAGAGAAGAGUCCCCCUAAAGAAUCUCCCAUAACAGUUCAUAUGUGUGGAGAGUGUGGAAUGGACUUUCCUCAGAAACAACAGCUGGAGGAACACCGCCAGUGUCACAAAAAGCCUUAUGCAUGUCCUGACUGUAGCAAGACAUUCAAAAACGAAUAUUAUUUUAAAAUACAUAAGCGUGUUCACUCAGGAGAUUCACGUUUCCUCUGUUCAGAGUGUGGAAAGAGUUGUGUCACAGCAGAUUCACUUAAAAAACACGAGUUGACACACACUGGAGAAAAGAAUUUCCACUGUGAUCAGUGUGGGAGGGCGUUUUCACAAUCCUCCCACCUCAACGUGCACCUCAAGACUCACACCGGAGAGCGGCCUCACCUCUGCUCAAUCUGUGGUAAAAGUUACUCCAAAGCAUGUGAUCUGAAAGUUCAUCUUCGAGUUCACACGGGAGAGAAACCGUAUACUUGUGAGAAGUGUGGCAAGUGCUUCUAUUACUCUCAAGGUUAUCGAGCACAUCUGAAGAUUCACGACAAGAAGCCAAAACCUCCAACAAAACCAUUGGGGAGACCAAAACAACAGCUGCUAGUGGUAAAUAAUCAAUAAUGUAAUUCACAAUAGUUUGAGAAAAUAUAAAGGGUAAAAGCAAAUAUAAUAGUUUGCCAAUCUAUCACUAUGUGAAAUAAAAUAUCUUUCAAAUGACUGAAGUGAUUGGCCAAGCAAUAUUAUAGUAAUCACAUGUACUAUAUGGUGUACAGUCAGCUCCAUUAUCACGUACUUGUAUUGGACUGAAGUAUUUAAGAAAAUAAAUCAUGAUAUUGUGAAUCAUUGUUAAUUA